UAUUUUUAUUCUUAAAUAAAAUAUUUGUCUAGUUUUGAGUAAAUAUAUAUUGAUGCUAAACUUAUUAUUUCUCAUCUUUGAAAUUGAUGUCUGCAAUUCUCAAUGAACUCUUUCUUUGUGGUUUUAUGAUAACCACAUAUAGGCGCAGGACCCAUUUGGUGCAAUCUUUUUCUGUUGUUUUUCUCUAUUGGUUUUAUUGCAUCUCAUAAUCAAAUUAAUUAUGUUAUUUAAUUAAUUCCCCCCAUAAAAUUAUUAUUAUUGCAUACACAUAAGUACUACUUAUAUUUUCAACCAAAAAAAAUCACUAAUUUGGGUCCUGCUAAUUUUUAAUUACUAUUAUUUAAAAAAAAAUUGGUCAUGGCUUCAUCAAGUGGAACAUCAUCAGGGUCAGGGUCAGGGUCAGGAUCAGGGUCAGGGUCAUAUACACUUCUAAACUCGGGUUCAGAAGAAGAUUUACAACAAUUGAUGGAUGAGAGAAAGAGGAAGAGAAUGAUAUCAAAUCGCGAAUCAGCUCGGAGAUCGAGAAUGAAGAAACAAAAGCAUUUGGAUGAUCUCAUGUCCCAAUUGUCCAAUCUCAUGAAAGAAAAUAACGAAAUAAUGACAAGCAUGAGUGUCACGACCCAAAAUUACCUGAAUAUUGAGGCUGAAAACUCAAUCCUAAGAGCACAAGUGUCUGAACUCAAACAAAGGUUCGAGUCCCUGACAAAAAUCACAAGUGUCUUGAGUUACAACGGCAACGACAAUGGAAUAUCAAAUGAUCAGAUAAUUUAUGAGUCGUCUUUGGCUGAUGUGCUUAUUCAGAACGAAUCUUGGAAUUAUAUGUACCACCCCAUCAUGACCGCAGACAUCAUGCAAUAUUAAUUGGUUUAUAAAUUAAGGGCUUAAUCAU